AUGACCAUUAAACUGCUAGUGUUUAGCUUGCUUGUCGUGGUGAAGGAAACUCUGGGCAGUUCCAGUAAGUACAUCUCGGCCCCUGUGCCGGUGGAGACGCUCCUCGCACUUGGCGUGGCAUCGAAGAACUACUCUGGCGUGAACGACGUCCUCUGCGCACUCCGGGCUGCUCUGGACGGCAUCCCCUACCCAACUCUACAUUGUUUUGGCGGUGGUCAUGUCAGAUGUUCAAGAAUUGUGCUGCUACUGUUGGUGUUACUGGUGUUGCUGGUGUUGGAAAGCGCUUUGUUCUACGCCACUACAGCUCCCUUAUAUUCCAUAGAACCCUCCAGCACUGCGUCUGUCAAGAACAGCGAACAGUCCCUGAAAAAGGAACGAGACUCGCAUCGCAGCAGCGAGAUUCCUCCCCCGCCAUCAAGCGAGACUCUCGGUGACGCGUCAGCAAGACUCCAGGACAUCAAUAACAACAGCGACCGCACUAUUUACACCCAAAUCAUUGGCAUAAAUGACAUCAAAAUUGAUCACAGCGUCAACAAUAGUGGAAGUUCCAUACCCGAGGGAGACUUAGAUAGAAAAAGCAAUAACAAAUCGGGCAAUUUGACAGGUGAAGAGCCAAAUUUGAGCGCAGUGAGCGGAGAGCCGCUGCCUUGCUUAAAUGUGCUGCCAAACCUUGGAGGACCAGUCGCUGUGGACACUUCUUCAGCAGACCUUGCGGAGGAAGAGCGGCGGCACCCCGAGCUGCUGCUGGGGGGCCGAUGGCGGCCGGUGGAGUGCCAGGCUCGGCAGAAGGUGGCCAUCAUCAUCCCAUACAGGUCUCGUGCCUCACAACUGCCAAUAUUCAUGCGUCACAUGCACCCGUUCCUGCAGAAGCAGCUGCUCGACUACGGCAUCUUCGUCGUGGAACAGGCAGGAAAUGAAUCGUUCAACCGUGGCAUGCUUAUGAACAUCGGGGCGCUGGAGAGCGUGAAGCUGUGCCCCUGCGAGUGCCUCAUCUUCCACGACAUCGACCUGCUGCCUGAAGACGACCGCAACUUGUACGCCUGUCGAGAGCAACCUCUGCAUCUGAGCGUCGCCUACAACACAUUCAACUACAAGCUACCAUACGAAGACUUCUUUGGUGGCGUGAACGCAAUAUUAGUGGGACACUUCCGGCAAGUGAACGGCUUCAGCAACAAGUUCUGGGGCUGGGGCGGAGAAGAUGAUGAUUUGGCCAACCGCAUUAAAUACCACGGGCUGUCCAUCUCCCGCAACCCCGCCAACAUCUCGCGCUACACGAUGAUCAAGCACGAGAAAGAGAAACCCAAUCCUCACAGGUUUGAAAUGGUGCGCUCGGGCCAGGGCCGCUUCACCUCAGACGGACUCAACUCUGUACAGUACCGCGUGCUGGAUGUACAGCCGCGCAGACUGUACACCUGGAUCUACGUUGGAGUUAAGCCGCCGCGCGGCACUGCGGCCUUUGUUUAG